GCAUAAAAAAUAAUUCGAAAGGAGCGUCGCUUGAUUUGAAGGCUGCAAAAAAUGUCUCCCCAACCAUCUCUCUUUUCUCUUUUCAUUGUCUUGGUGUCUUUGGUCGUUCUGUGUAAAUCACAAGCCGCCACAAUGGGAACUGUAUCAUAUGCUGCAGCUUCUGGUGGUGCCAUUACUGUAAGUUGGUCAGGAGCAAAUCUUGGUUCUGGAUCUGGCCAAAUUAUUUACAGUCAGUGCUUAACUGGUGGAGUUACAACUUUGAUGAAUGUAAAUCCAUGUCCUGGAACUACGUCUUCUUGCUUCAGCAGUGGUGCAGGUUCUAAAACAAUUGAUGGUCUUAUUUCUGGAACUGUGUACACUUGCAGAGCUCACAUAGUUUCAGGAGGAAGCUCUGUAGCAAAUCAUGGUGGAGGAACAGUUACAACUACAUCAGGAAUCCCUCCACAGCCAACAGGUUCUAAAGGAACUAUAAUAGCUGGGGGCAUCACAAUAACUGUAGCUUGUUCAUCAGCUGGAACAGAGUCUGGAAAUACACAAUUCAACUUUACAGCCACCUUCACACCAUCCAGUGGAACAGCUGAAAUUGUAGUAAAUCAAAUGGCCAGUUAUACAAGUGGAGCAUCCACUAGCUGGUCCAUUACUGGAAUUACUCCUGGAACAUAUACUCUAACCGUCACAGCAACCAACAAUUUUGGAACAUCUUCAGCUUUAUCACUUGGUUCAGUGACUAUUCCUGCCCCUGCCACAAUGGGAACUGUAAAUUAUGCUGCAGCUUCUGGUGGUGGCAUUACUGUAAGUUGGUCAGGAGCAAAUCUUGGUCCUGGAUCUGGCCAAGUUAUUUACAGUCAGUGCUUAACUGGUGGAGUUACAACUUUGAUGAACGUAAAUUCAUGUCCUGGAACUACGUCCUCUUGCUUCAGCAGUGGUGCAGGUUCUAAAACAAUUAGUGGCCUUAUUUCUGGAACUGUGUACACUUGCAGAGCUCACAUAGUUUCAGGAGGAAGCUCUGUAGCAAAUGAUGGUGGAGGAACAGUUACAACUACAUCAGGAAUCCCUCCACAGCCAACAGGUUCUACUGGAAGUACAGUAACUGGAGGUAUCACAGUAACUGUAGCUUGUUCAUCAGCUGGAACAGAGUCUGGAAAUACACAAUUCAACUUUACAGCCAUCUUCACACCAUCCAGUGGAUCAGCGGAAACGGCAACAAAUCAAAUGGCCAGUUACACAAGUGGAGCAUCCAUUGACUGGGACAUUACUGGAAUCACUCCUGGUACAUAUACUUUAACCAUCACAGCAACCAACAAUUUUGGAACAUCUUCAGCUUUAUCACUUGGUUCAGUGACUAUUCCUGCCCAAAACCUUGGCACAGUUACAGCAAGCCACAGUGGUGGUAAUAUUGUUGUUAGAUGGACUGGAGCUUCAGUUCAUAGCAGUGCAACUUCCCCUACCUUUUACAGUGAGUGUACAACUGAGGAAGACGAUGAUUUAGAAUACACAAACCCAUGCCCUGCAACAACUGGUUCCUGCCUAACUAGUGGAGCUGGGUCGUACACAAUUGGCCCUGUUUAUACUGAUACCACUUAUUAUUGCAGAGCUGCUCUUAAUUCCUCCAAUGGUGCUAACCAUGAUGUAAGCAAUGAUGUAGAAGUUAACACAACAACAGGAAUUCCAAUGGCUCCUACUGGUUCAGCAAAUGCUGAUUCUGGUGAAGUCACGCUGACUCUAUCUUGCAGUGCUGCUGGUACUACCAGUGGAAACACAUCACUUACAUUCAGAGCCACCUUUACUCCAUCUUCUGGAACAGCAAUAACAGAAAGCAAUGCCAUAGCUAGCUACACUUCAGGCAACAGUGUUACAUGGACAAUUGCUAUUGCCGAUGGGACUUACGAUGUAUCUGUGAAUGCUAUUAACGAAUUUGGAACAUCAUUAGCCACAUCCCUAGGGUCUGUGACUGUAACUGGGUCUUCUAUAGCUUCUACUGCUACUGGAACUGCUUCUACUGCUACUGGAACUACUUCUACUGCUUCUGAUGCUACUGCUACUGGAACUGUAGCUCCUACUGCUACUGGAACUGCUGCUACUGGAACUGAUGCUACUGCUACCGGAACUGUAGCUCCUACUGCUACUGGAACUGCUGCUACUGGAACUGAUGCUACUGCUACUGGAACUGAUGCUACUGCUACUGGAACUGUAGCUCCUACUGCUACUGGUACUGCUGCUACUGGUACUGCUGCUACUGGUACUGCUGCUACUGGUACUGCUGCUACUGGUACUGCUGCUACUGCUACUGGAACUGCCCUACCAACUGCCCUACCAACUGUCCUCCCAAGUGUUCUCCCAACUGGAUCUGCAGUUUCUGCUGCUGAUACAAGCACAAUGAGCUCAAUGGCACAACUACUAUUGCUGUUGGUAGCAUUACUUGAAGUGAUUCUUCCACUGCUGGCAGUGGUUGUAUGACAAGCUUUGCAAAGAAAACAAUAAUAAUUUAAAAUUAGUAUAUUAGAUUAGAACAGAUUGUAGUGUAUUGUUGGUGAUAAUUUAGCAUUGAUCAACUUCUCUAGAAAUUUAGCAUUAAUCAACUUCUUUAAUCACAAAAA